CUGAUCCUCAGUCUCAAGAACCAUCUUCAAUUGUUACAACUACUACCAUUACUACCACCACUACUACUACUCUAUACAUACAUCUCAACAUACAGCUUAUACAAUAUCCCACCAUGUCUUUCAUCGCUCGCAUCGCCCCUGUCGCUCGCACCGCCUCCGCGGCUCUCAAGCCCACUGCUCCCUCCAUCUCCAUCGGCGCCACUCGCGCUCUCUCCUCCAGCGCCUGCCUGAACAAGGGUCCCGUUGAAUCCGCCAAGGACACUCUCAAGGCCGUCGACCGCACUGUUUCCGAUGCUGCGGUGAAGGGUAUUGAGGUCGGAGAGACCGCCGCCGAGAAGCUCAAGGGUACCGUGGGCGCUGCCUCGGGCCAGGCUCAGGCCAAGACCGGCGAACUGCAGGGUGAUGCGGCUGAGUUGGCCGGCAAGGGCAAGGGUAAGGCCGAGGAGGCUUUGGGUCAGGCCAAGGGUGCUGCUGGCCAGGCCAAGGGAAAGACGGACGAGCUCCUGGGUGAAGCCAAGGGCAAGGCUAAGGAAACUGCUGGUCGGUUCUAGAUGAGCAAGUAUCAUCUUUUGAUUUUAUUGCGCGUGGUUUUUCUUUUUACUUGUUCCUUGACAACCACUUUCACUGGAUGAUGUGAUGACGAUAUGCUAGCUAUCAU